CGCCUGUCAUUUUCACCACCAUGUCCUUCAAUCUCACUGCCAAUGCUUGCUCGCACCUCACUCUGGCUGACAUGGAAGAUGACAUUUUCCAGAGCCCAGUCACUCUUCAGGUCCUGUCUACCAAAAAAGUACCCCAAUCCAAGAGCGUGCAGGCGCAGGACCGGUAUCGUAUCAUCUUGUCAGAUGGCAUACACUACAUCCAGGCCAUGCUGGCUACCCAGCUAAACACACUGGUGGAUGAAGAGACGGUGACGAAGAACACAGUGGUCAUAGUUGAAAAGAUGACCUGCAGUAUUGUACAGGAGAGAAGAUUGAUUGUUGUGCUAGAGGUCCGAGUCCUUGGCACUCCUUCAGAAAAAAUUGGCAGCCCGAUCUCACUCAACAAGGCUGACGAUACCCCUGCCCCAGCGCAAGGAAUCUCCAACGCGUCAACCAGUGAGAUUUCACGCCCACAGCAGCCACAGCAAAAGCAGUCGGGGCAGCCUCAGCGGACCGGGUCUAACGGCAAAUCGAAUUGGCAUCCUAUUGAGGGUCUGAGUCCAUACCAGAACACGUGGACCAUCAAGGCGCGCUGCACUCAUAAAUCGGACAUAAAGACAUGGUCAAAUCAGCGUGGUGAAGGAAAACUUUUCAAUGUCACACUCAUGGAUGAAACGGGCGAGAUUCGGGGUACUGCUUUCAAUACUGUGGCCGAUGACCUGUAUUCCAAAUUUGAGGAAGGAAAGGUUUACUAUGUCUCCAAGGCCAGGGUCAAUUUGGCUAAGAAGAUGUUUUCGAACUUGGCAAACGAUUAUGAACUCGGAUUUGAGCGCAAUACCGUUGUCGAAGAGUGCCUUGAAACCACAGGUCUGCCGAUGGUGAAGUACAAUUUCGUACCGCUUGCCGGUCUCGAGGAUAUCGCAAAGGACGCCACCUGUGAUGUCAUUGCUAUCGUGAAAGAGGUUGGUACCGUCAGUGAGAUCGUAUCGAAGGCGACUUCCCGGGCUACGAAAAAGCGAGAGUUGACUCUUGUUGAUCAGUCGAACUAUUCUGUUCGUCUCACCUUGUGGGGCAAACAGGCUGAGCAAUAUCAACAUGAGAACGAACAGCCUGUCAUUGCAUUCAAAGGAGUCAAGGUUGGCGAUUUUGGCGGACGCUCACUUUCCAUGGUCAGUUCAUCCAUGAUGUCUGUCAACCCCGAUAUGGAGGAAGCAUUCAGUCUCCGGGGCUGGUAUGAUAAUGAAGGCAAAGAAUCGACGUUCCAGGCCCACAACAGAGGUAGUGCUGCAGGCGGUAGCGCCGGUGGUUUCAACCGCUCACAGAUACGAAGCCUGCUAGAAGUCAAGGAGUCUGAAAUGGGCCUGUCUGAUAAAACCGAAUACUUCUCCACUCGUGCGACCAUCAUGCACAUCAAGUCCGACAACAUUGCCUAUCCAGCAUGUCAGAAUGAGGGGUGUAACAAGAAGGUUGUUGAAAAUGGCAAGCAAUGGCGAUGUGAGAAGUGCGACCAGAACUUUGAUAGCCCUUCUUACAGAUAUAUCAUUUCCAUGGCUGUGGCUGACUGGUCUGGUCAGGCAUGGCUUAGUGGCUUCAAUGAAGUUGGUCAAAUGAUCUUUGACAUGUCUGCAGAUGCGCUGAUGGCGAAGAAGAACGAGGACGAUUCUCAUUUCAACGCCAUCAUGCACCGAGUAAAUGGUGCAACGUACAACUUCUCUUGUCGUGCCAAGCAAGACUCGUAUAAUGACACAGUCAGAGUGAGAUACGGCAUCUCGCGGAUCAACAAGCUGGAUUACAAGGAAGAAUGCAAUGCCCUACUUGAUCUGUUGAAUACUCCUUGGGCAAGCCGGUCCGUGGCGUAAGUUGGAUUUAGUUAUACUCAUGUGUUCCUUUGCUACGAAUCUGUAAUCAAAUGUACUAUUAGCUAGAUUCGUUACAUGGAUUUUCAUUGUUUUGUU